AUGCCUCAACAAACACUGAAACACUUCGUAGCUGAUUUGCAUGAAUUUUUGACAUCAACAAAAAACAUCCAACCUCCAGAAAACAUUCCAGAGCCACAACUGGAUGAAGAAGAAGGAUCCGAUUUGAAACCUUCAAAAUCAGCAUACUUUUUUCAAUUAUCAAAAGUUUAUGAUGCAAAAAUCGAAUUCUGGUUGGCCAAAAUGAGAAAAUUUUCGUAUGCUUUCCUCUUGUUGGCAAUCAUUCAUCUUUGUAAGAUUGUAUUUUCGGAUAGUAUUGAUGCAGAAAAUUCCCGAUGGAGUGAUUUGAUGGAAAUGAAUCGGGCUCAAUCAUUUGUACUUUCAAAUUAUCCUCUUGUUGGAUCGAUAUUGGAUUUGAUAAUCGUGAAGGGUCUCAUAAUUAUCAUGUCAUUCACUUUAUGUUAUCAAUACUACAGCAAAACUAACACAGAAAAUAUGAGACGAUUGAAUGUGAUUUAUUACGCCACAAAUGUAGAUAUUUUCUUUUUCAUGUUACAUGUUGUGUUUUUUGUAUGGGCUGAAUAUGGAAGAAGCAUGGAAUCUCCGCUUCCAAUGCUGUCAAGCCCGAUAUUUAAUACUCUAUUAUAUAUUGGAUGGGUUCUUACAAUUUUACUUUAUACUUGUUUUUGUCAUGCAGCCAAAGAACUCUCGCUUAAUAUACUCAUAAAAACAGAGCUUAUUCCUCAAAGUGAAGAAGAUCAAUACAACAAGGAUGUACUUUAA